UCGUCUGACUCGCAGCGGAACCUCCAGAUCCAAAAGGCGGACUUCACCGUGAACUCCAUCAUCGACAAGAUCAACCGCGGCAAGGUGAACCUGAGGCCGAGUUACCAGCGCGAGUACGUGUGGACGGUGAAGACGGCGAGCAAGCUGGUGGAGUCGCUCAUGCUCAACAUCCCCAUACCGACGAUGUUCUUUCACGAGGUGAACAGCGGGUGCCUGGAGGUUGUCGACGGGAAACAGCGGCUGACCUCCAUUUGGAGCUUCACGAAGGGUAAGUUCCCCGACGGCACCCCAUUCAAGCUCAAGGGUCUGGACGUGUUCGGAGAGUACAACGACUGCAGCUUCUCCGAGCUGCCCGGCGACCUCCAGGAGCGAAUCCUGGACCACCCGCUGAACGUGCACACCAUCGGCAAGCAGUCGCAGCCCGACUUUGUGUUUGAGGUUUUCGAGCGGCUCAACAUGGGAGCCACGCAGCUCAACGAGCAGGAGCUUCGCAACUGCAUCUACCAGGGGCUUUACACCGACAUGCUCUGCGACCUCGCCUCGGACGAGCACCUGCUCUCCGUCUACCGCUCCAAGCAGCCGCACCUUCGCAUGAAAGAUCGCGAGUUGAUCCUGCGAUUCUUCGCCAUGCAGCGAACCAAGCCGCAGGGCAUGACGUCCCCGAUCAAGGCUUGGCUCAACGAGGAGAUCCGCGAGAAUAAGGACAUGACGCCGCAGGAGGCCGGCGAGAUGAAGGAGCUGUUCGCGGAGACUAUCGGUUUGGUGUGGGAGGUGUUCGGCGAGUGCGCUUUCAGA